AAGUCAUAAGCUGACAUGCAUCUAUAUAUGAAAUUCAAGGUCAAGUCCUUUAGGUGCUAAUUAAGCAAGCAGCUCGAUCACAAACCUCUCUGUCUCUCUCUAUCUCGAGUUAGCUAUGUCUGUCUGUCUCUCUACCAUAAGCAUGUUCAAAAUUAAGUUGGCUGUAGCAAUUUUAUUCUUCUCAAGUAUUUUUAUAGUAGAGGCUUCAACUUCACAAUCCCAUUUCUCCAAAUUCACUAGAUCAUCCGGAGAACUUUCCCAUGAAGAAGCCAUUUCUUCUCUCUGCGAACAUACCCCUCACCCAGCAACUUGUGAAUCCACUCUCCUCUCCUCCUCAUCCUCCUCCUCCUCAUCAUCAUCAUCAUCUACAAGAGGCACCUUAGAGGUCGCCUUUCUCCAGUCGGUCCAUUCCACUGUUGCGAAAGCUCAGCACGCUCGAGCUCUCGCCUAUAAUCUCACCAUUUCCCACCGCCAGAAUAAUGACGAUAGUUCUGUUCACUUCCGCGAUGGUAGUGUGAGCGACUGCCUUGAGCUUCUCGACGAUGCUGUAGAUAUGCUCGACAAUGUCAUGACGACAUCGUUGUCGAAACCUCACAACGAUGACGACGUCCACACCUGGCUCAGUGCAGCUCUUACGAACCAAGAAACUUGUCUGGAGAGCCUCGAGAAAGACAAGUUCAAGACAGACAAAAGCAUUAUGGACGCCACGGCUCAAAAUCUGAGCCAAUACAUAAGCAAUUCCCUAGCACUUUUCAUGCUUACCAUGGGGUCAAAAUCAAAGGAAGCAAAAAAUGCAAACCCUAAUAGAAAGCUCUUGAGUUUCCCGACGUGGGUUCCGGCAGCGGAGAGGAAACUUCUAGAAGCAUCUGUGGAAGAGAUAGAAGCAGAUGCUGUGGUGGCUCAGGAUGGGAGUGGGACGCACAAGAGCAUUGGUGAGGCACUCAAGGGUUUGCUUCUAACUGGAUCCUUGGAGAGCAGUGGUACUGGGGGCAGAUCUGUAAUUCACGUAACGGCUGGGACUUACCACGAAUACAUAAAUAUACCCACAAAGCAAAAGAACGUCAUGUUGAUUGGUGAUGGAGUAGGGAAAACCAUCAUUGUGGGCAAUCGGAACUCUGAUGAUGGCUGGACAACUUAUAAGACUGCCACUGUGGCUGCAAUGGGAGAUGGGUUUAUCGCACGUGAUAUAACAAUUGUGAACAAUGCCGGGCCUUCCAAGCACCAAGCAGUUGCACUUCGAGUCGGUGCCGACAAAUCCGUCGUCCACCGAUGUUCCAUCAUGGGCUACCAGGACACCCUCUACACUCACUCCAAGCGACAGUUCUACCGAGAAACUGACAUCUAUGGAACUGUCGACUUCAUCUUUGGCAACUCCGCUGUCGUCUUCCAAACUUGCAACAUCUACCCUCGGAAACCGGCCUCCGGCGGGCUCAAGAACUUUGUCACAGCUCAAGGUCGCAGCAGCCCUGACCAGAACACAGGCAUUUCAAUCCACAACUGUAAGAUAGCGGCGGCGUCGGACCUCGCCCCGGUGAAAUCGAGCUACCAGACGUAUCUUGGGAGACCGUGGAAGCAGUAUUCGAGGACGAUCGUCAUGCAGUCUUUCUUGGAUGACUCGAUAAAUCGAGCUGGGUGGUCUCCUUGGUCUGGUGGGUUUGCACUCAACACAUUGUACUAUGGAGAGUACAUGAAUUCUGGGUCUGGGGCAUCAACCUCAGGAAGGGUUAAAUGGGGUGGAUAUCAUGCAUCACUUACGUCCACUCAAGCACAAGCAUUCACAGUUGGGGGUUUCAUAUCUGGGAAUCUUUGGUUGCCUUCCACUGGGGUGUCUUUUAGCUCUGGACUCAUUGGAUAAGUUUGUAUAUCCAAAUAUGCUCUACGUACUUUUACUUUAAGGUUCGUAUUUGAUUAGCUAGCUAGGGAUACAAAAGGGUAACCUAGCUAGAUUGGCUUGUUGAUUCUGAAGGUAAUUUGGGCUUCAUCCCUGGCCUUAUUACAAAAAGCAGAAGAUCGAAGAGGGCAACUCUUCGAUCAUGUUCAAAUUAAG